AUGUCAACCGCGCACAGACCAACAUGGGACCCAGCAGUCGGACGAGCAGACACCAAAGCGUACUCGAAGCAGUACUCUGCCAGGGAUGCACCAGCGCAGACGAAACUCAAGUUCCGUAAGCCCGGUCAGGGAGGUAUCGGCGACCAAGAUAAGCGCAGAGACUUGCGCCUCGAAUUGAACAAGGCAGAGGAGGAAGCUAAUGAAAAGAAACGUAAAGCGCAAGGUUUGUCGUUGGAAGAUAUUGGCCAGGGUACGGAUGACAGCCAGCAGAAAAUACCGAAACUUAUAGACAAUCCCGGUGAGGGAGACGCGCAUGCUGAGCCAUCGACUAGAACACACGAGUCGCAGGCAAGUGAAGACAAGCCUCAGACUUUAGAUAAGGAUGAAGAAGCUGAUGACGACGAGAGUGAUGACGACUCAGAGGAUGAUGAGGCUGAGUUGCUGCGGGAGCUCGACAAAAUCAAGCGCGAAAGAGCUGAAGAAAAAGCCAGAAAGGACGAGGAGCAAAACAGCGCUAAAGCUGCAUCUAGAGAAGAGGAAGUGGCUAGCGGAAAUCCUCUACUUAACCUACAGAACGCGUUGGGCGCUUCUCCAUCUUCUACACAGGAUACAGGGUUUACUGUGAAACGCAGAUGGGAUGACGAUCUUAUCUUCAAGAAUCAGGCACUGAAUACUUCCGACAAACCAAAGAAGGAAUUCGUUAAUGACUUAUUGAGGACAGACUUCCAUCGCAAAUUCAUGUACAGAUUUAUUAAGUGA